AUAGUAUUGAAUAUAUUUUAAAAGCUAGCCGCUAGCGGUCGAUUUCAUUAGAUAGUUGUUUGGUUUAUAUAAAUACACCGAAGUUUACAAAUUUGAGAAUAUUAACAAUUAACAUUAACCAAAGAAUUUUCUGGUCGGACUAAGAAGCCAAACAUGAGUUUUAACAGAAAAAUUUCGUUAUUGCUAUCAAUAUUUAUUACAAUUCCUGCUGUUUACAAAGUGUCUGCAUCUAGCGGUUCAAUCGAAUUAGACGAAAUUUCAUUUGAUAAAAUAAUAAAUACAUUCUCCGCAUCCCUUGUAAAAUUUGAUGUGGCAUUUCCUUAUGGCGAUAAACACGAUGCUUUUGUUGCGAUAGCUAAAGAAGCGAAGGACGUUAAGGAACUAGUCAUUGCUGAAGUCGGUGUUAAAGAUUAUGGCGAAAAAGAAAAUGCAGAACUUGCCAAUAAGUACGGGGCAACAAAGGAUACUUUUCCAGUGGUCAAACUGUUCCUUAAAGGUCAAAAUGAACCUAUUACGUUUGAUGAUUCUCAAGGAUUCACAACUGAUCAGUUAAGGCGAUUUGUUCGACAAAACACUGGCAUCUACCUAAGCCUCCCUGGAUGUGUGCGCGAACUUGACAUGCUUGCUAUUGAAUUCAUGAAGGCAAAAAAGGACAAGAGAAAUGAUGUUUUAAAGAAAACUGAAGAUGCUCUUAAAGUGUUCGGCUCUGAGAAUAAAAAUACUGCAAAAAUUUACAAAACUAUAAUGGACAAGGUUCUUAGCAAAGGUGAUGACUUUGUUAAAACUGAAAAUGAUCGGGUAAAGAAAGUUAUGAGUGGCAAGUUAUCUGAUGAGAAGAAGCUGGAUAUGGCACAAAGACUGAACAUUCUACAAUCAUUCCAACUUCAUGAAAUUCAAUAUAAGGAUGAACUGUAGGCUAUUAUUAUUAAGCUUAAUUCUUUUAAUUACUAUAGUAAAAUCUCUUCUAGGACUGGCACUGUUUCUUAUCACUUCCAUAAAUUGGAAAAGUUUUUAAUGUUUCUGGCAUGUGUGAUAUUCCUUAAUUUCUAACUAGUGGUAAAAGAUAAUUAUUUUAAUUACAGAUUUGCAAGUCUUUAUUUGUGUGUACUAUAUAAUAGUAUUUUAUAUAUAUAUGUUACAAAAUAUAAUAUAAAGCAGAAUAAAGGU